GGUAAUUACAGUAGCGUGACAAGUGACAUCCAAGCUUCCAUGGUCCACAAACUGCACCUUUUUGCAUGCAACAUGGAUUUAGGAUCAAGGAAGCCAACCUUCAUAAAUAGCCAUCCUGCCCUCCUUCAAUCUCAUCGUCAUAAUCUUGUUCCAAUUUCUGUGUUCCACUCAAAAAUAUCAAAACAAAAAAAAAAAUCAAACACUUUCUUCAGUCUACAUUUUUCAGUCUUCAACAUGGCACCUCAUGGAGAAGCAAUUGGAAUGAAUGGGAGCCCGUUCAAUCCAGUCAAAAACUUCAUGGUGAUCAACAAUAACAACAUCAUCAACAGCAAGCCUAGAAGGCUAUCAAAUGAUGGACUCAAAAGAACGACUUCCGACAUUUCAUAUGAGCUGAGCAACCUUAAUCAACAAGAAGAAGAGGUAAUCGCAUCUCUCCCCGCGAUCCCGGAAGUGGAAGAUGCAAAGUGCGAAUGCUGUGGUAUGAUCGAGGAAUACACGCUUGAAUACAUCGGGAAAGUACGCGAAAAAUACGGGGGGAGAUGGAUAUGCGGGCUGUGCGCGGAAGCAGUGAAGGAAGAGACGGCGAAAAACGGAGGGAAAAGAUCACCACAAGAUGCACUGGAAGCCCACAUGAAUGCUUGUUUUAGGUUUAACAAGUUUGGUAGGGCUUAUCCUGUUUUGUCGCAGGCUCAGGCGAUGAGGGAGAUUUUCAGGAAAAGUGUGAGUUUGGAUUCAAGGGCUGGCCUAAGGGGAAAUAAAUCAGGUGGAAUGCCAAAGAAAGGCCAAAUUUCGAGGAGUUCGAGUUGCAUUCCUGCAAUCACUAGGGAGUUCAAUGAGUUCAAAUUAGACAGUAACUAAGUUUAUGCAUCCGAAAAUAUCUAUAAAUUAACGUAUAUGUAUUUGUAAUCCAUUUAGAUCAAUCUUUCAGUGGGGAUAGGCUUCCUUUUUUGGGUUGAUUUUGAUCAUGUGGUUUAGUUCCAUUUGUUGGAUGUUGGAACGUUUUUCCACCCUUUUGGGGUAAAAAUUUUUUCAUGGUCAACAACUUUGUAGAGGUAGUCCCCCUUCUAAAAGUAUUGCUCUGUAAGAAUAACACUAAGAUAUUUUUUUUGGAAUAUAUAUGUAAAUUAUGCUAGUUAAGUAGCAUAAUUGAAGCCUUAAGACUGC